UACAAGAAACUGUCACUAACUGUCAAUUCAAAGGGGUAAAAUGUCAAUGUCAAACUUUUUAAUGAAAGUCGAAAGUUGUGAAUAAAAAUAUUGUAAUUUUUCCUUAAAGAAUUAUUGUUCAGGCUUAUUAUAUAUAAUUCAAGGAAUCAUACAUAUGAUGGACAAACCUGAAAGGAAACAUAGUAUAUCAAAUUCCGAGAAAAAUGAAGAAGCCCCACCAAAGAAGAAGCACAAGAAAGAACAUAAGCAUAAACACAAAAAGCACAGCGCUGAGAAAGGCGAGAAACCGGAGAAACAUAAGAAGCAUAAAAAACACAAGAAACAUAAGCAGAAGAAGGAAGAAAAGACUCAGGACGAUUCAGAACGCUAUACUCCUGAACGAAUAGUUCAAAUUACGGAUAAAGAAGUGACAAAUGGCAAGAUCGUUGAGGAAAAGGCAGACAAACAUGUUCCUAAAGAUUUACCUACACCUACUGAGGUUAAUGAGGUUACAUCAUUUAUUUCAGAAGGCUUAACAAAUAAUACACCCCAAUUACUCGAAAUUAUAUCUUCAGAGAACGACAGCAUGGAUGUCCCGGAACAAGACUGCGACUCUGAUGCCAUUGACACCAAUGUAAUUGAAGCAGAUAUGGAUUUGGAGGAACUUAUGAGACAGAAAGAACUACUUCAGGCCCAACUAGCAAACGCAUAUGUAGAAGAUGACCAUGAUGUCGGUGAUCAAAAGAAGAAUGAGGUAGAUAAAUCAAAAACCAGUAAUGAUGACGUGAUAUUGUUGUCAGAUUCAGAUGAAGAAAAUAGGAAGGUUCGUAAAGAUAACUUGAAUGUGCAGAGGCAUAAAGAUAACCGAAGAAUUAGAAACAAAGAGAGAGAAAAGCGAAUGAAAGAUUUGUUAGAAAAGGACAAGCAGAGGGAAAGAGAAAGGGAAAAGGAACGCGAACGAGCUAGAGAACAUGAUAGAUCAAAACACCACGCCAGGCAUCAUUCAGCGGAAAGAUCGAGAAGUCGACACAACGAUAGGAUCUCUAGAGACGUUUACGAAAAUUCUAGAGACUCGCGCGGCGACUACCAGAGAGAUCUCCGCGACUUUAAAAGAGACAAGGACAGAAACCGUAACAGUAAUAAUGUCGUUAAACACGAUAGAGAUAGAAGGUUUGAUGAUAGAAGGAAAAUGCAAGAGCGGCCAUAUGAAAGAGACAGGAGACAUCAUGAUCGGCAUCAUAGAAAACCGAACAAAGACCAAGAUAAGUUUAAGGAUUCUUUGAGCGAGGGGCAGACAAAGACCAAAGAUGGAUCGUCGGAUAGUGAUGUGGAAAUUGAGCUGGAUAUAGAUCUGGAGGAGGAGGAUGAAGAAGCAAUUAUUGAGAAGAGAAGGAAACAAAGAGAGGAACUUUUAAAGAGACUGGGAGCCAAUAAUGAGAAUAAAGAAGAUCCAACACCCCCUAGUCCAAAACAAGAUAGUUUACCACAGCUUGAAACUAAAGAUGAAGAAUCAAAGGACGGUGUUAAUUCAGAUAGCAGUAGCAGCAGUUCAGAGAGCGAAACAGAAGCUACAGAUGAUACGCCUUGUAAUCACAAUGGCAAAGAAAAGAAGCCCAUAGAAGAGGAUCAGUCACUAACACCACCUUUAUUGCCAAAUAUGAAACAGAAAGAAACCGAUAAGAAAUCGGAGAAAGACGGUAAAAACAAGAGAGCCGAAUGGGACAUGUUUGCCGAGCAGGAUGUCUUUAAAUCAAACACUAAUUCUCCCAGUACUAUAAUAAAAUCCAAAGGUCAGGGAGCAGAAAAUCCCGCUCUCACAGACAACUGGGACGAUGCGGAAGGAUACUACAGAGUAAGAAUAGGUGAAAUUCUGGACGCCCGGUACAUGGUUUACGGUUAUACGGGCCAAGGCGUGUUCAGUAACGUUAUAAGAGCGAGAGACCAAGCUAGAGGUAGUCAGGACGUCGCAGUGAAGAUAAUUAGGAACAACGAAAUCAUGCACAAAACCGGACUUAAAGAACUGGACAUCCUGAAAAAACUGAACGACGCCGAUCCCGAAGACAAGAUGCACUGCCUCCGCCUCAUCCGGCACUUUUUCCACAAGCAGCACUUGUGCAUGGUGUUCGAGCCUCUGGCCAUGAACCUGCGCGAAGUCCUCAAAAAGUACGGCAAAAACGUCGGCCUGCACAUCAAGGCGGUGCGCAGCUACACGCAACAGCUGCUCCUCGCCUUGAAACUGUUGAAGAAAACCGGGAUUCUACACGCCGACAUCAAACCCGACAACAUUCUGGUCAACGACAGCAAGCUGGUCUUGAAACUGUGCGAUUUCGGCUCCGCUUCGAAGAUCAACGAGAACGAAAUCACGCCAUAUUUGGUGUCGAGGUUUUACAGGGCGCCGGAAAUUAUCCUGGGAAUCCCCUACGAUUACGCUAUAGAUAUGUGGAGCGCCGCUUGUACCAUUUACGAGCUGUACGCCGGAAGGAUCCUGUUUUCGGGAAAGUCGAACAAUCAGAUGUUGAAGUUUUUUAUGGAUCUGAAGGGGAAGUUUCCGAAUAAGGUGAUCAGGAGAGGAGCGUUUAAGGAUCAGCACUUUGAUUCGAAUUGUAAUUUUCUCUAUCAUGAGAUCGAUAAGGUUACAGAAAGGGAAAAGGUGGUGGUAAUGACCGUGAUCAAAGUAAACCGAGAUCUGCAAUCGGAACUGGUAGCAGGUCAGGCAUUGCCCCCCGAUCAGCUCAGAAAAGUAGGCCAGUUAAAGGACCUUUUGGAAAAAGCCCUUUCCAUAGACCCAGCCAAACGGAUCAGUCUCAACAACGCCCUAACCCACCCUUUCAUCCAAGACAAGAUUUGAUAGUGCACACAGGAGAAUGGACCUUUUUGGCGUUUGGCUGUGAUAAGUAUGUGGGAUGUUUCUACCUAAACUGGCCUUAGAACUAAAGAAACCGGUAAUGUGACUAAAACUUCUUGAAGAUAGGCCCAGAAAACAGGCUAAGUAUCAUAUUUGUACACUUCAAAAAUAUUAAGGCAUUUUUUCUUUUAGGGAUGUCAACAG